UGUUAACCAGUAUCUGGAAGGCCUGCCUGAGUCUGUUCAGACCAGGCUGUAUCACACGGUAUGUGUUGUGGUUGUUGUUCUUUCCCGGCUAUCCUUUCUCUCUACGCUGUGUGUACUAACACGUCGGACAAGCCCGCAACAUGUCUGUCCAUCUUCAGACUGCUUCCCAGCCUGGCCAAGUUCUACGUCACAUCUAUGAUAUUCAAUGAGAAGCGCGUGCUGGUUCAAGACUUUGACAGCUGGAUCAAUUCGAACGGUAAGAUGGAGAAAGCUGAAGCCAUACGGGCCUUAAAGGCGCUACAUCUGAUUAAAGAGAACAACUCCAUUGCGGUGUUGAACCCUGUUUUCAGAACAAGUUUUAGACUGGUGUUGACGGGAUCCGAGAGUGAGAACUCGUUUGGGGUUGUGUGUGAGGCUAGCGAUACGCAUAAAGUUGACGUUGACUUUCUCGACAAGUACGCUGCGAACAAGUGGGAAACGAUUCUCCACUUCAUGGUGGGCACCGAGUUGGAGGAGAUACCGAACCAGGCAGUGCUGACAUUACUAAGGCAUAGUGGGCUUAUGAUUGGCAAAACUCCUAAUGCCAUGAAGAUCACCAAUGAAGGAUUCCAGUUCCUAUUGCAAGAUGUCAAUGCGCAGCUGUGGGCCUUGUUGCUACAAUACUUGAGAAUGGCUGAAACGUUACAAAUGGACCCAGUUGACGUGUUGAACUUCAUAUUCAUGCUAGGUUCGCUUGAAUUGGGGAAGGACUAUUCGCUGUCAACCUUGAACGAAACCCAGGUAAAUAUGGUGAGUGAUCUUAGAGACUAUGGGUUGAUAUAUCAGAGAAAAUCCACCUCAAGAAGGUUUUAUCCUACAAGAUUGGCAACGACGUUGACCUCAGACGCCUCCACACUACGCACAGCAUCAGCAGCAAUGAAUAAAGCCAUAGAACGUGCCAAAGAUCGCUCCGCAUCCAACGUCUCUUUCGAGAACGCAGGAACCAUCAUCAUCGAAACAAACUUCAAGCUUUACGCAUAUACAAACUCACCAUUGCAGAUCGCUAUUCUUAACUUAUUCGUCCAUUUGAAGCAAAGAUUUGCGAAUCUCGUCACUGGUCAGAUAACGAGGGAAUCGAUUAGAAACGCCUUGUUGAACGGUAUCACCGCUGAACAGAUCAUCACAUAUUUGGAAACGCAUGCUCAUCCCCAGAUGAUCAAAUCGGCAGAGGAGCAACUCGGUAAGAGACUGGAGACUGGAGAACAAACUAAUACCUCUCUAGAGAUUCUGCAACCAACGAUUAAAGAUCAAAUCAAACUUUGGCAAUUAGAACUGGAUAGAAUUGUUGCCUUUGAAGGUUCAUUAUUCACAGAUUUCUCAUCCCUUGAAGAAUACGAAAUGUUGAGAAAGUACUCGGAAGAGAUUGGUUGUCUUCUUUGGAGUGAUAACAACAAGAAGAAGAUGUUUGUUACCGAAGAAGGAAAACUACAGGUCAUCUCUUAUGCAAAGAGACAUUUUACGAAAAGGCCAUGAAAAUGGGUAUAUCUAAAGCAUGGCUGCACGUAUAGUGUGUUCGACUUGAUCACUUGCCGAAUCAAGGUUGUGUGUAUCGCAUAUGAGUUGUUCCGUAUUUCGUUUGAGCUACUCCGUGUGUCGUUUAACGUACGUUCUCUUCUUUAGACCAUACCAGAUCAUAUAUUCUAUCCACGGCCAGGGAGGCUGAAACGAUUUUCCAACAUAAGCUGAUACUCUUAUACGUAGUUAAUGAUUGAUUGAAGUAUAAUUGUAUCCCAGCUAUUCGCAGACUACAAACAUAAUCAACGGUGUUAUAAUCUGAAGUUAUAGUUAUAUGGAAAACAAGUUCGUAGUACUGUGGAUCAAUUUGAAUUGUGAAGUAUGAAUUAUUGGUUAUAAUUUCCUUUCAAUAAGGAUGAUUAUGUCGUGAUAAUGUGAUAUUGAGGUUUUGGUAACGAAUAC